AUGGCAUACAGUCAGCACUUUGGACCUUGGGAUGCUGCUGUUGCAUUAGAGCGUGAUCUCAGUGAGACGCUAUCUGUCCUGGAUGACCACAGGAUACCAGAGGGCUGUCCACAGUCCUACAGUGACCCACCCACCUAUUGUAUCAGAGCAGCAGGACUUCUGAGGUACAAUCGCGAGUCUGACAACCACAGGAUGAACCUAACUACCAUUCUUCAAGCGUCCCAGCCAUUGACUGCAGUGAAAUGUGAGUACUGUGGAGAAAAGGCCCAGCCUUCACUGAAUCUAACGUGGGCACAGGGGCCUAAGACAGUGCCACUCUUCUGCUGUGCCCAGCGUCGGCAGCUGUGGAAGAUGCUGGUGAAGCAGAGAUGUUUGGUUGAGGGGAGAUAUGACCUGAGGACCGGUACUCCAACAUCACCGGGAGAAAAGCUGGCCGCAGAAACGGAGGAGCUUUUCUUCCAAGGCAAGGAGAUGGAGGAUCACAACAAGUUUACCAUGGACUUACCGAUCGGACUUGGAGAACUAUCAGAAUUGAGAAUCCAUGAGGAUUACUUAACCCAACUACCUGCAGCAGAAACAGUCGCCUCAACUUCAAAGGUCCUCAAAUUCCGGCUCUCUUGUGCUAAAGGAACAGGAUGCUGGACAGUGUAUCCUUGUAGCGCAACUGAGAAGCACUUGGAAAUAAAAGAUGAAGAGAAGCAGGUGUUGGUCCAUGUUUGUGACCACAAACCAAUUCAGUUUGGCAUAUGUCAUCAUCAGGAUGGGGCAGAAUUUCUACAGAAGUAUUAUUCCAAUGGCAUCAAAUUCCUCACUAUGUUCCCUGACGGCUCUGCUCAGGUCUUCUAUCCCUCAGGCCUCUUGGCUCUGGUUGUCGUGGUCACUGAGGAAAAUGGAAGGGUCUGCAUCGUGUAUGAUGACAGCGAUGCCGCCUAUCAACCCAUUAGAGCCAUGUUCCAGUCUGAUGGCAGGGCGACGUGUUAUCACAGCAAUGGAAACAUAUGGCUGACUUUAGACAGUUCAGGUGGUCAGUGUUUGGAUGAGAUGGGCGCCAGGGUUCGUCGGUGGAGCUGGAGUAGUCUGAGUCUCACUCCCACUCCCCUGCACCCCGUCUUCCUGUCCCUAAACAAAACUGUUGGGGUCCGAGUCCUCGGGAAGGAACAGGUGUUUGUCUCCUUCCUGGCAAGAGGUCAACAGGCAAAGUUCAGUGUGGGUUCCUGCUGCGUUCAGGGUGAAUGUAAAGCAGACGGGGCUGCUUCACGGCCAUCCAUAUUAAAGGGGGAGCUGUUUGUGUCGGCAGCCAGGAUCAAGACUCACCUGGCCAUUCAGCGUCUCCACCAGCACCUGGUGACGCCCUCACAUCCCCGGCUGCCGAACACCACACAAAACCCUCACCUCCGUGUUGUUGCCCAGAGGCUUCUGGAAGUCAGUGCUGAUGUGAUGAUGAGUGAAAAUGAAAGAGCCUUUAUCCAUCGGUGCCUUCAGGAUUGUCUCUGAUGUGCAGUACCACUAAUAAAGUUCACACAAUGACAGCAGCUCUCUAUGGCAUAAAGGCCUAUAAUGAAGUCAUGCUCCACGUACUGUAGCAGGUCAUAUUUUUGACUUUGGUACGAGUUCCAACUAAACUAAAGAGAAUCUGACGGGCAAAAAUAAUAACAAUUUAUUGGGUACUUGUUUGUGUGUCUACUUGUGUUUCUAUUGUCUUUUAGCAAAAAAGCAAAUACCUGGUUCCUCAUACAUAAGUUAGACUUCUUAGACUUAGUGGGAUUUCAGGAGGUACGAUAGCAUUUACAAUAGGGCUGCAACUACUGAUUAUUUUCAUUGUUGAUUAUUUUCU